AUGAUGUCUUAUCUCAAACAGGCCCCGUACGGGAUGAACGGACUGGGCCUGAGCGGAGCCGCCAUGGACCUGCUGCACCCGUCCGUGGGGUACCCCGCCAACCCGCGGAAGCAGCGCCGGGAGCGGACCACCUUCACCCGGACACAGCUGGACAUUCUGGAGUCGCUGUUCGCCAAGACGCGCUACCCGGACAUCUUCAUGCGGGAGGAGGUGGCGCUGAAGAUCAACCUGCCGGAGUCCAGGGUGCAGGUCUGGUUUAAGAACAGACGAGCCAAAUGUCGGCAGCAGCAGCAGAGCAGCAGCAGCAGCAGCGCCAAGGUGAAACCGAUGAAGAAGAAGUCGUCUCCUACCAGAGAGAGCACCGGGUCGGAGAGCAGCGGCCAGUUCACCCCGCCGGCGGUGUCCAGCUCCUCGUCCUCCGCCUCCUCCGCUUCGUCCUCCUCCUCUUCCUCCUCCUCCGUCUCCUCCGGUCUCGGCGGUCCCGGUCUGAUCAGCACCUCUACCUCCGUCACCGCCCCGGUGUCGUCCAUCUGGAGCCCGGCGCCCAUCUCCCCGGCCCCGGCCCCAGCCGCGCUGCCCGACCCCGCCGCCCCCACCAGCGCCUCCUGCAUGCAGCGCUCCGUGUCGUCCUCCGCCGCCGGGGGGACGCCCUCCUACCCGGUGUCUUACAGCCAAACGGCGGCGGCGUACGGCCAGGGCUACCCGGCCUCCGCGUCGGGGUCCUACUUCGGCGGCGUGGAGUGCGGCUCGUACCUGGCGCCCAUGCACUCCCACCACCACCCGCACCACCCGCACCAGCUCAGCCCCAUGACCGGCAGCUCCAUGUCGGGACACCCGCACCACCACAUCGGCCAGACGUCGGGGCACCACCACCAUCACCACCACCCGACGCACCACCACCAGCCGUACAGCGCGCCCGGCCUCGCCUUCAACUCCACGGACUGUCUGGAUUACAAAGAGCAGACGGCAGCGUCGGCCUGGAAACUCAACUUCAACGCCCCCGACUGUUUGGACUACAAAGACCAGGCCUCGUGGCGUUUCCAAGUGCUGUGACUCUCUGUGUUUCUCUUCUUCUAUGCUUUUUGUUGUUGGUGGUUUAUUUUUGAAGAUCCUUCAAACUGAUAGUAGAGACACUUUUAAAAAGUUUAUUUGUGAGCAAACUGAAACGAUGCACAGAUAUCUGGGGCCUGAGCAGAAGGCCUCGGGGGUUUGGCUCUGGCGUCGUCAGCGGAUCGGUUGGACCGGGAUUAUUUUUCUACUCCAGAACUCGAGAAAAACUAAACCCAUUUACAGCUUUUGAAGGCCUUUGAUAGUAAAGAUGUCAGCGGAACCUGCCAGAUUGCGCAGCCUGGGAUCGUCUCAGUGAUCAAUCGGUGAAUUUUCGACUCGGUGGAGAUUUUUGCUUCAAAGAAAAAACAAAAACAUCAAUUCCGGCUGAGAUAUCUGAAAAUAAAAUCAUGAAUUCGACUCUUGAGUGGGCUUUUCUAAAUACCUUUUUGCAAAAACAGGAUGCUGCUAUGAUUUCCAGGUUGCUGAUGUUCAUUUCUAUCUGAUUUCCAACUUGAAUCUUGUUCAGAAACUUGUCGUCCAGACUGUGGGUGUUGUAUUUUGGAGACUGAAUUGCAGCACUUGUUUAUAAGGUGAUAGAUUUUGCUAUUUGUUCUUUGCAGAGGAGAGAAAAUAAAAAUGUGAAUUAGACACGCAAUGUCAGUAUUCCAUUGAAAUUUGAAAGAUGUACAUUCGUGUCUUUAUAAUAAAGUCUUGUUUAAACAUGA